AUGUUAAAUAGCUCAAUAUUGCAAAACGUAUUAACUGAUAUCAAAAUUGAUUCAGGUUUAAGUAUAGAUUAUAUUCUUUAUAGAAUAGAAGAAGCAUUGAAGCAGCUAUCUCCUUUUACACAUGAAGAGUGGAUAAACAAAGAACGUGAUAUUAACCACAAGUUUCAAGAUGGUUAUACAUUAUUACAUUAUGCUGUUGCAGGGAGUAAUGUAAAUGUAUUAAAAGUUCUAUUAGGAGCAGGUGCAGAUGUUAAUGCUAAAGAUGCACAUGGCAACACACUUUUACAUUGGGCUGCUAAAAAUGGUAGCAUAGAGAAAUUAAAUAUUCUACUAGCAGUAGGCGCAGGUGGAAGUAUUCAUACUAAAAAUCAAUAUGGAAAAACUCCUUUAUAUCAGGCUGUUGUUAGUGGCAAUGUGCAAGUAGUAAGUUCUCUCUUACAACUAGGUGCAGAUGUUAAUGCUGUAUUAGCAGAAGGUGUAGAUGUUAAUGCUGCAUUAGAUCAAUAUCAAAACACUCUUUUACAUUGUGCUGCUAUUAGUGGUAACAUAGAGGCAGUACACGUUCUAUUAGCAAAAGGUGCAAGUAUUAAUGCUAAAAAUAGUGAUGGAUGCACACCUUUACAUUAUGCUGCUGCAAUUGGUAGCGAUGGAGUGUCAAAAGUGCUAUUAGCAGCAGGUGCAGAUGUUGAUGUUAAAGAUCAAAAUGGAUACACUGCUCUACAUUUUGCUAUUGUUAAGAGCAAUUUGGAAGUAGUAAGUAUUCUAUUAGAAAAUGGUGCUGAUAUUAAUGCUUUAGAUCAAAAUGCACAGUCAAAGUUAGAUGCCUUAUUAACAGCAGCAUUUAAUUUAACAGGUGUUAAUAUAACAAAUGUUGCUGAACAAACAGCACGCGCACAGUAA